UCCUUUGUUCUAAAAACUUACAAUUCUCUAUAAUGGCUAAGAACUUAAAAUCCUCUUUGUCCACUCUAUCUGCGAGAGUGGACAAAAACGUGUUUCCUUCCUCUGAUGAUGAUGCCAUGAAGAAAACGAUAAUCACCACCCACUCUCCAGAUCAUGGAACCAAUAUUGAUGUCCUACCGCUUCUCCAAAUCAUCAAGGACAUCAUGAAUAUAGCCUAUCCAGAGGGCCCUCAAGCUAAAAAAACCACGACAACGGAGAGUGUGUUUAAUUACGAUUCUAGUGAGAUGUUUGAAGUUUUGGCGCCCAAAAUCAAUAAGGUUGCAUGCGAGAUUUCUUGCAAGUGUACUGGAGGGGGAGAUAAAGAUGCAACUGCCAUUGGGAUUUUAAAAACGCUUUCCAACUACGGGUGGGAUGCAAAAGCUGCUAUUACUUUAGCGGCUUUUGCGGUGAAUUAUGGAGAGUUUUGGUUGGUCGCUCAGCUUCACAAGAUCAAUCCACUCGCGAAUUCGUUGGGUCUCCUCAAGCAAGUACCUAAUAUUUUAGGGCAAUAUGAAUCUCACAAACCAUGGUUUGACGAUGUCACUAACCUCGUCCAGACCACACUUGAGGUCACUCAUAUUAUCAUCGAACUCCAGAAGUUAUCAGAACGCUAUAUUAGCCUUAAUGCACUAUUCAUGACCAUUGUUCCAAGAACCAGAGUAGCGGUUUAUUGGAUCAUUAGAAGCAUUGUGGCUUGUGCAUCCGUGCUUACUACUCUCAUUGGAAUGGUUGACGAGCAUUUCACAGCAAGCACGGAAGCUUUGGAGCUAUCGAGUUUGACUAUUAAGAUCAAAAGUAUUCGUGUUUACCUGAAGGAACAGUUAGAGGAAUGCAAACGACGUAUUAGGGAGAUUAAGCUUAUACAAGAAUACCAAGAGCUUAUUGACAUCAUGAACGCUACACAUCAUGAUAACAUCAAGCCACUCCAACAUUUGAUUUCCUUGAAGGAAGAUCAAACACCAUUAUACGAGAGUUCUACAAAAAUUCGGGUGAGCAUCGAGAUAUUAAAGAAGAAGACCGUGUUGCUACUCAUAUCCGACCUUUACUUACCUUCGGAAGGGCUUUUGAUUCUUGAAAAGAUAUACAAGGAGGCAAAGCAAAACCCAACAAAACCUGAGAAUCAAUACGAGGUGGUUUGGCUCCCGGUGGUGCCCGAUUUGACCGAAGACAAGAAAAACAAGUUUGAGGGGAUAAGAAACAACAUGCCAUGGUAUUCAUUGUUUCAUCCCUCGUUACUUCGUCCAGCAGUGAUCAAGUACAUCAAGGAGAAGUGGCACUUUAACUGCAAACCGUUGCUCGUGGUGAUGGAUCCUCAGGGGAGCAUCGUCAACACCAACGCGCUACACAUGUUGUCGCUUUGGGGAAGUGGGGCUUUUCCCUUCACUAGCCAGAAGGAAGAAGCUCUAUGGCGUGAUCAGAAAACUUGGAGGGUCGAGUUGCUCGUUGAUGUCCAUUGCAUAGAGCCAAAGAUUUCCGAUUGGAUUGCUAAAGGGAAGUACAUUUGUUUGUAUGGAGGGGAUGACAUCAACUGGAUUCUGAGAUUUAGGACAGCGGUACAAGUGUUUGUUAAACAAGCUGGAAUCGAGCUCGAGAUGUUAUAUGUCGGGAAAAGCAACCCCGGGAAUAAAAUAAUUACAAUAAACAAUGAUAUCAUCCAGAAACACGGCGACGUGCUACUCGACUUGGCUCGGAUAAGGGCCUUUUGGGUUCGAUUAGAGAACAUGUUCCACUCCAAGUUACAAAGUGCGAAAUCUCUUAUAGAUGAUCAGCUUUUAAAAGAGAUCAAUGUGAUGCUUACUUAUGACGGAAGUGGUAAAGGUUGGGCUGUGAUAAGUCGUGGGUCAAAUGAUUGGAUGAAUAGAGUCGAUGGUGAUACAGUUUUAAAAUGUUUGAACACUUAUGGCCAGUGGAAGGGAAAAGCAGGAAAAGAUUUGUUGUCGGCGUUAAACGACCAAAUUGAGGCUAACAAGCCACCGCAUCAUUGCAACCGUGUAAUCUUGCCAGGAACUGGGAGUGUACCGGAGAUAGUGAUUUGCGCUGACUGUGGAAAGUCAAUGGAGAAGUAUAUCUUGUACCGUUGCUGCACCGACUAAUUAACCUUAUAUUAUGCACUCCCGAAGAAUAAACUAUAAAUAAGGAUGAUUAUGAUUUAAUCAUCUACCGCCUACAAUAAGGAUGAUUAUGAUUUAGUCAUCUACCGCCUGUUUGUAUUUGUGAUUACUAGCUUGGAUUUGUGAUUACUAGCAUUGUACGUACCCACUUUUAUUUAAAUGUAUUAUCGUUAAGGUGUGCUAUAAAUUUGUUUUGUUGGUAA